AUGGUUCAGUACCAGCCGGGCCUGUAUGGAGGGACCAGCAGCAGCGCCUCUCCAGCCUCCAGCUCCAGUGUCUCCCCCAUCGUGUGUGCCCGCUGUGGGGAGCCCUGUCGGGGGGAGGUGGUCCGGGUCAAGUCCUCACACUUCCAUGUCCACUGCUUCACCUGCCACGACUGUGCGGGCUGUGGGCAGGAGAUCCGGCAGGGGCAGUCGCUCCUGGCGCUGCAGCGACAGUGGCACGUGUCCUGCUUCAAGUGUCGAACCUGCGGCUGCGCUCUCACCGGCGAGUACAUCUGCAAGGAUGACGUCCCGUACUGCGAGGCUGAUUACCACUCUCAGUUUGGCAUCAAGUGUGACGGCUGCAGCAGCUUCAUCAGCGGGAGAGUGCUGGAGGCUGGAGGGAAGCAUUAUCAUCCAACUUGUGCCAAAUGUGCCCGCUGUCAGAUGAUGUUCUUGGAAGGAGAGGAGAUGUACAUAACAGGUGCAGAGGUUUGGCACCCCAUGUGUAAGGAGUCUGCCAGACUGGAGAGGAAACUCAGGGAUCUGUUGGAUGGACUCGAGACCAGAACGAGGCGGUCGUCCGGUUCUGUUUACACAGAUUCUCCUGUGCACAGUCGACACGGAGGCUCCCCGCUGCACUGCUUUCUGCCCGCUUCGGAAGACAACAUCUACAGGAAGCCACCCAUCUACAAGCGACAAGUUCGGGCUAGAAGUCUGCAGAGAAGACUUUUCCGCGCUCACUUGGAGGAAAAGGACUCCGAGCACACUGACCUGCUACUUCACACUGAUAAGGAAAAAACGUUGCCUCCACGGGAGCUCUCAAAAGAUCUGCUGAAACAAACCAAGGAGCUCAGAGAACAGUUAGAAGUAGAGAGGAAGGAACACCAGGCCUCCCAAAAGGCCCUGCAGCUUGAGAACCAGGUCUUAAGAGAGAGAAUGAAUGAGAUGGUUAAAAAUCAUGUCCAACAGACGCUGGCAUUAAAGAAUCGCUGGCAAGCCAAGUGUGACAAACAUGUGAAAAAGGAGAGAGAUCAUUGGGAAGAAAAAAUUGAAGCCAAAGAUGAAUAUAUUCAGCGUCUAGAAGACCAACAUUUCGCAGAAAAUGAAGACCUAUGCAAUACCGCACAAAUAUACGAAGAUCAGGUCCAGUCCCUUUUGAAUACCCUCAAUCUGAGGAUAGAGCAGAGCAACUCUCUGCAAAAGCUCCUGCAAGAGGAGCAGAACAAGAAUGAGGCCCUCAAUGAUCAGCUGAAAGAGGAAAUAAAGGCCAAAACUGCAGCACAGCAAGAGGCUGUGCAGCUGCAGAAACAGAGGGACAAGCUUCAAGCAAAACUGGGGACUCUCACAUCUGUCCUGGACCAAAAGAGGCGUGCAAACCAAGAGGCCAUGGAGAAGAAUGAGGACAUCAACAAUCAGGGGAAAGAGGAGGCAAAGGCCAAAACUGCGGCACAGAGAGACAUGGAGCAGCUACAGAGAGAGAGAGACAAUCUUCAAACUAAAGUGUUGUCUCUCACAGCCGCCCUGGACCAAGAGAGUCAUGAAAAGGAACAACUGCAGGCCAAAGUGCAGGAGAAGGAGAGGACAAUAGACUCUUUCACAGCCGAUGUUUCAUCUUUAAGAUUUGCUUCGAACAAGAAGGAACCAAAGAUCAGCGCUUCAAGUCAGGAACAAAUAGACAGUCUACAAAAGACAGUUCUAAAAACUGAACAGGAGAUGACAUGCCUGAAGGAAACCCAUGAAAAACAGAUGUGGACAAUGAAGUUAAAGGUGCAGGAGAUAUCAGAGGCUCUGAACACUUCAAAGAGCAACAACUCUGCUCUGAAGCCAGAACAUGAAGAGCUUCAGGAAACCACGGAAAGGAAACAGGAGAAAAGGAAACAGAGGGACACGCUUCAAGCCAAACUGGGGACUCUCACGGCCGCCCUGGACCAAGAGAGUUGUGAAAAGGAACAACUGCAGGCCAAAUUGCAGGAGAAGGAGAGGACAAUAGACUCUCUCACAGCCGAUGUUUCAUCUUUAAGAUCUGAUUUGAACAAGGAGAAACCAAAGAUCAGCGCUUCAAGUCAGGAACAAAUAGAAAGUCUACAGAAGAAACUGCUAAAAACUGAACAGGAGAUGACAUGCCUCAAGGAAACCCAUGAAAAACAGAUGUGGACAAUGAAGUUAAAGGUGCAGGAGAUAUCAGAGGCUCUGAACACUUCAAAGAGCAACAACUCUGCUCUGAAGCCAGAACAUGAAGAGCUCCAGGAAACCACGGAAAGGAAACAGGAGAAAAGGGUGAAGUGGUGGAGAAAGUGGUCGUUCUGGAGAGGAGCAAAGGUCCAUCCUAUGAGUGUUCCGUCUGUUUAA